CCAGACUUCUCUGCGACGCAGUGUCACAGAACUCGUCUUUGCUUUGCGAGAGAGAGACAGAGAGAAAGCGAAAAAGUGAAGAGACUAUUGUCGUGGUUUUGAUCGGAGAUCGGAGGAAUUUGGGUUCAAUUCUCCAUCUUUGUAAGAUUGAUAGAGGGGAUGGCGACUUCUCGUUCGGAGCGAUUCCCGAUAACACCGAAUACGGCUUCUAAUAGAUUGACGAUUACGCCUGGUUCUAGGGUUUUGAAAAGCCCUCUUACUGAAGAAGUCAUGUGGAAGCGUCUCAAGGAAGCUGGGUUUGAUGAACAGUCGAUCAAGAAUAGAGAUAAAGCUGCCCUAAUCGCUUACAUCGCCAAGCUAGAAUCUGAGGUUUAUGAUUACCAACACAACAUGGGUCUUCUAAUUCUGGAGAAAGACGAGUUAUUGUCGAAGUAUGAGGAGGUUAAGGCCUCUGUGAAUGAAGCCGACCUAGCACAUAGGCGAGAUCAAUCUGCCUAUGUCUCUGCCUUAGCUGAAGCAAAGAAACGAGAAGAGGAUUUGAAGAAGGAUGUUGGGAUUGCAAAAGAGUGUAUUUCUAGUCUGGAAAAGACUUUGCAUGAGAUGCGUGCAGAAUGUGCCGAGACGAAGGUUUCUGCUGGGAGUAAAAUGUCUGAAGCUCAUCUUAUGAUUGAGGAUGCUCUGAAGAAAUAUGCAGAUGCUGAAGCAAAAAUGCGAGCAGCAGAAGCUUUACAAGCAGAAGCUAACCGGUAUCACCGAAUUGCAGAGAGAAAAUUGAAGGAAGUUGAAAGUCGUGAAGAUGAUCUUGCUCGGCGCCUUGCAUCUUUCAAGUCUGAUUCUGAAACGAGAGAGAACGAGAUUGAUAUUGAACGGCAGACUUUAAGUGAGAGGCGAAAGAGCUUGCAGCAAGAGCAUGAAAGGUUAUUGGAUGCACAAGCUUCACUAAAUCAGCGAGAAGAUCACAUUUUUGGUAGAUCCCAAGAAUUAGCUGAACUUGAAAAGGGGUUAGAGUCUGCAAAGACCACAUUUGAGGAGGAACGUAGAGCCUUGGAGGACAAAAUCUCCAAUUUGGAGAUCGCAUUAGCUUCGCUUGCUAAAAGAGAAGAGGCUGUCUCUGAAAGGGAAUCUUCAGUACUUAAGAAGGAGCAAGAGCUGCUUGUUGCUGAAGAAAAAAUUGCCACCAAGGAAUCUGAACUGAUUCAAAAGGUCUUAGCAAAUCAAGAAGUUAUCCUGAGGAAAAGAAAAUCCGACGUGGAAGCUGAGUUGGAAAGUAAGUGCAAAUUGGUGGAAGAUGAAAUCGAGAGCAAGAGACGGGCCUGGGAAUUAAGGGAGGUUGAUAUCAGGCAGAGGGAAGACCUAGUUGGUGAAAAGGAACAUGACUUGGAAGUUCAGUCAAGGGCAACAGCAGAGAAAGAAAAGGAUAUAACAGAGAGGUCUUAUAAUCUUGACGAGAAAGAGAAGAAUUUGAAUGCUAGAGAGAAAGAUAUUAACCUUAAGACCACUCUGCUGGAGAAUGAGAAGGAACGGCUUAAACAAUUAGACCUAGAUUUGCAGCAGUCUUUGAUGUCUUUAGAAGAGAAGAGAAAACGUGUUGACUGUGCAACAAGAAAACUUGAAGCCUUGAAGAGUGAAACAAGCGACUUAUCUUUUCUGGAGAUGAAUCUCAAGAAGGAGCUAGAUGACUUGAGGGCUCACAAGCUUGAACUGUUGGCUGAAGCAGAUAGAUUGAAGGUGGAGAAAGCUAAAUUUGAAGCUGAGUGGGAACACAUUGAUGUGAAAAGGGAAGAAUUAAGAAAAGAAGCGGAGUAUAUUACUCGUCAAAGGGAGGCUUUCUCGAUGUAUCUCAAGGAGGAGCGUGAUAACAUUAGGGAGGAAAGGGAUGCAUUGAGAAAUCAGCACAAAAACGAUGUGGAGGCGCUAAACCGAGAGCGUGAAGAAUUUAUGAAUAAAAUGGUGGAGGAACAUUCAGAAUGGCUCAGCAAGAUACAGCGCGAACGCGCUGACUUCUUGUUGGGCAUUGAGAUGCAGAAAAGAGAGUUAGAGUAUUGCAUCGAAACCAAACGAGAAGAAUUAGAGAAUUCUUCGAGGGAUAGAGAAAAGGUAUUUGAGCAAGAGAAGAAGUUGGAAGAGGAGCGCAUACAGUCCCUCAAGGAAUCUUCGGAGAAAGAGUUAGAACAUGUCCAGGUGGAAUUAAAGAGGUUGGAUGCUGAGAGGCUGGAGAUCAAAUUGGACCGCGAAAGGAGGGAGAGAGAGUGGGCUGAGCUAAAAGAUUCGGUUGAGGAGCUAAAAGUUCAAAGAGAAAAACUAGAGACGCAAAGGCAUAUGCUUCGAGCUGAGAGAGAAGAAAUCAGACGUGAGGUUGAAGAACUGAAGAAGUUAGAGAAUCUGAAAGUUACACUAGAUGAUAUGUCCAUGGCUAAAAUGCAGCUGUCCAAUUUAGAGCGUAGCUGGGAAAAGGUUUCUGCUUUGAAGCAGAAGGUUGUUACUCGGGAUGAUGAAUUAUACUUCCAGAAUGGAGUCAGCACUGUGAGUAAUAGCGAUGAUGGCUAUAACUCUUUUAUGGAAAGACAGAAUGGCUCAACGCCGUCAUCCGGCACUCCAUUUUCAUGGAUAAAACGAUGCACUAAUCUGAUAUUCAAGGCUUCUCCAGAGAAAUCACCCCCAAUGGAUCCUCAUCAAGAAGGAGGAUUGCCUUUAGAAAACUUGAAGCUAGAUUCAUCGAGAAGAGAAGAAAGGGCUUACACCGAGGGUCUUUCUAUCGCAGUUGAAAGACUUGAAGCAGGAAGGAAACGACGUGGUAACACUGGAAGGGACACCAGUGGGCCAAGCAGUAACAAGAAGAGGAAGCAUGAUGAUGUUACCCAAAAACCAAAACCUUCUGAUGAAACUGAUCCCCACAGUGUAAUUUCAAGCCCUCAAAAUGUGCCUGAGGACAAACAUGAACUGCCAUCAAGCCAAACCCAGACACCAAGUGGUAUGGUAGUCAUCAGUGAAACGGUGAAGAUCACAAAAGUAACAUGUGAGACAGAGGUCAUCAACAAAGUGACAAACAUUGACUGCUCAGAAAAUCCUUCUGAAGCAGGAACAACGAUGGUAGAGGAGCAACAUGAUAGUGGUUGCAAUGAGACCGUGGUAAACGUUUCUGAAACAGUGACGCGGAAAGAAGCUGAAUCUGAUAACAGAAAGGAGCAGGAUUCUGAUGAUGGUGGCGUUGUAGCAUGAGUUAGCUUGGUGCAGAAGGAACAACCAUUUUAGGAAAGCUGCAACCGAAGAUAUAUGCAUAUAAGAAACUCUAUGAAUCCUUUUGGGUUUGUUUUUAGAUAAGAUUUUAGUAUGUAAAUUGAUUUGAUUUGUUCUAAAAACUCUCUCUCUCGAUGCGAUUACUCAAUAGUCAUUUUUUCUUUCUUUCAGACUUCAAGUGAGUAGUGUUCGUAGGUAAGGCAGGUAGGAAAGAACUUUGGUUUCUUGUGUGUUGCAAUGUGUGUGCGUGUCUGAAGAUAAUUUGUCGGUUUCAAGACUAAAAGUUGAAAUCAGUUUCGGGUUUUAUUUGUA